AUGACUAGUAACUUUGAUAUACUGUUUCGUCGUCUUAUUACAUCUCAAACAUUUGUUCGUGGUUGGGGUAAUCCAUCUCAUUUACAAGAACUUUGUGCAUCUCGACGUACGAAAGUUGCUGUAAGAAGUGAAUGUUUGAAACUUGUACCACCUGAAAGUGUUCAAGAAAAUACUAUACAAAUUACUAAACGAGAAGUUAAAGGUGAUACACAAUAUAUAGAUGCAAAAUUUCCUUCUCCACUUGCCAUUCAUUUUCCACAUUUGGUUCCACCGGAAGUAGCUACAGCUCAUUUUCAACUUGUUUUACCGCAUGAUCAUCGUUUGGGCGUUGAUUCGAUUCCCAUAGGUAUAUGCUAUCCUGGCACGGGUGAUCAUGGUUAUAAUCGGCGACGACUUCUUACAGCUAAACCACUGUUAAAACAGUAUCGUAUUGGGUCGAUUAUUAUCGAAAAUCCUUAUUAUGGCUUUCGAAAGCCACAUCAUCAAGCACGUUCAUCACUUUGCUAUGUAACUGAUCUAUUAAUUAUGGGCGGUGCGCUUAUGCUUGAAACCAUGGUAUUACUUUAUUGGUGUGAAAAAAUGAAAUUGACACCACCUAUUCUGCAUGGUUUCUCUCUAGGUGGACAUAUGGCUUCAUUAGCAUUUACUAGUUGGCCUGGUCCUUUAUCACUUUUAUCAUGUGCUUCAUGGUCAACAAGUUCAACCGCCUUUUGCGAUGGAGUUCUUUCAAGUACAAUUCCGUGGGAACUUUUAAAAAAGCAGUUCUAUGAAAAUAGAGCAUAUCAAACAUUCUAUGAAUUUUUACGUGAAGGAAGAAAAUCAACUGAUUCCAAAUCAGCUGGUACUGCUGUUGUUGUUGACCCUAUUAAAGAUAUGAUGCGUCUUGUUAUGGAUGAAUUUACAUCAUUAGAAUUUUAUGCACGUCCUGUUGCAUCAAAUAUGCUUAAUGCUAUGUUUAUUAUUUGUAAAAAUGAUGGGUAUAUAUUACGUGAUGGUACACCUGAUAUGAAUGAUCUAUGGCCUGGCUGUCUCGUUCGAACUGUUUCUUAUGGACAUAUCAGUGCGUUUAUAUUUAGUCAAUCGACUUUUCUACAUGCAACUGCAGAAAUGUUACAACGACAACAGCCCAAUGUUAAACUAAAAAAGAAUCCGGUCGUUACACUAAUUAAUGUAACUGCAUCUAGUAAUACAUGA